AAAACAAGCAAAUGUACUUUUACAACCGUGCUUUUAAAAAGUUUUAUCUCUCUUUGUAAAAACAGGCUAAAGGCUAUAAAUUGUAAACUACUGUUUACAUUCAUGUAACGGAACAUUCACACAGAAGGUUAAGAUUGUUUUACUUAAAAUAAUAAAAACACUAGCAACAUUUAACUAUAAUGAUUAGGGAGGAUCAAAGUACAACAGCAAAAUACGUAAUAAUGUGAAUAUGAUAUUGGGUUAGUUGGAUAAUACUAGAGCCAUAUUUAUGGACUAUUUUAAUAUUUACAUAAACAAAAUAACAGAACUGAAGUCGUAACUAAAUUGGUUUAUUUAUCAUUUCUAAUCACGACGCGCCAAAAAGAAUGAUAAUUCUUGUAACUCACAGCAAACCUAUAUGACUCCAGUCCACCAGGGGAAUUUUAACUCUAAAAACCAUAUAUGACAAGCAGACAUUUGAACACUAAUGAAUUAUUCCACUAUUUCUGCCGAUGUGCGCGCGCAUCUCUUUGAUGACGUCGACGUCGAACGCGUCUAUUAGCAACACCUGUGCUGAUACGGACGGUAGCUGUGGCUAACACAGCUAACAAACAAACGUCGCAAACAACAAAAGUGUUUGGUGGCUGCUUAUGCGAGCGAAGCUAUUGCGUGAGUCAAACCACGUCAUAGUUCCUGUCCUGUCUUAAAGACGGAGAGAGGAAGAAAGGGUCAGAAACAGAGAGAAUGCUAGCGAGAAGCAGGUCACACAUAGCAGCCAGAGAAAUGUGACCUCUCUGUGGUGGUGCAGCUGUCGUUCCCAACCUGAAGGAGCUGGGGGUGAAGCAGUGACACGGGGAAAGAGGAUACAGCUAACGUGCCCUUUCUGUACUCGCAUGCCUAAUAAGGUUGAAACUGAUUUUUUUUUCUCGAAGUAGAAAUCUAGUGUGAAAACACUAGACAUUUAAGCUUAGGUGGUGUGACAUGAAGGGAAAAAGGAUCUGUCUCGGUCUCACCUCUCUUCACCGGGGUUAACACUGUUGAAAGGGACCAUGGUGGUGACUGUUAAUGCUACAUGAUCCUAGGGUGGACUUACACCUUCAGCACAGCCGCUGCCUGGUAAAGGACACACGGAGACACGGGCAAGCAAAUGAUUUGACAUUAAAUAUUCUGCUCCAUGGAUCUUGUUACCUCAACAUGGACUUUGUGGGAAUGUCCAAAGGAAAUCCUUUCAGCUUUAAAGGUGAGGCCUCCGUGCAGUAGUCCUGGUGAAACAUCCCAUGUACUCCCACUGAUGGAGACUUUCAGCAGAGGCCUUCAAUAACUGCACCUCGCUGGGAUAGCCCUAUCAAUUUCCAUUAAAAAAGUACACUCUGUAAAGAAGCGUGAAAUAAAUCAAGAUGGCAGAAGGCUCUGGACCCAAUCCCAGUCUCAACACCACUUCUAAAGGGGCCAAAACAAUCAAGGACCAGGUCGUUCCAGAAACUGGCAGUGCAGUGCAGGAACCCACACCACCGACCUUUAUCCGAAAACUUCGCAAGGCAGCGGUAGGCGCUGGCUGUGAUAUCCGACUGAGGGUGUCAGUGGGGGGAUUUCCAAAACCUUCACUGAGUUGGUACCACAACGAUCAGCAUCUUCCCGCCUCAGAAGCCCAGGACUCAGGGGGACUAUGGAUACGGGACUGCCACACCAGCGAUGCUGGCGUGUACACCUGCGUGGCAACCAAUGAGCUUGGAGAGACGAGCUGCAGUGCUGUUCUGGCCAUUAUGGACCUUGGUGAAGACUCUGAGACCACAGAGGAUGAGACCACAGAACCUCAGAUGGAAACCAAAGAAGGGAGGCACCAAGAUAAGGCUGGACGAAGAGGACCCUCAGCUGAGGGAGGGAGGAUGAUGGACUAUAACCCAGAUGCUUCAGAUCGCAGGGCCACCCUCCCUGGCGCCUACGACCCUGUGGUGGAGCGAGAACUGCACGCUCUGGGCUCCCGACCUCCGGGGCCCCACCUUGACCCCACCAACCCCGGCAGGACUCAAACAGCUGCUGAGUCACAGGGACUCUCCUCAUGUGUCCCCCUGCCUUCUCCCCUGCCAUCUCUCACUCCACACAAAAACAGCACCAGUACCCCAAAACAAGGCCUGGAUGAAACCAUACCCUCAGAGCCUCAGUCCAACAGUGUCAUCAUGACUCCCAAACUGGCUCAUGCUGGGCCUAAAAUCUUUGACAAAGUCCGAGCUUUUGAGGAGCGAAGGACCAGCAUUGAUCUACCAGGAGGCAUCGGACAUGUUUCCUCUGAAUCACACAGCAGUAGGAAGAAGACAGGAGGCCCCAGCAGGGAGGACGACCGAAUCCUGCAGGACGCAGCCCAGAAGCGAGCGGUGUUCAAGCAACGAGCUUCUUCCUUGGAGGAAAAGAUGAGCUACUCGCAGAAGGUGCAGAACUACCAGAACAAGUUCACCGAGGAGCUGCAGAGGAUCAAGAAACUUGUGGGGAAGCCCUGUUUGAAGAAGGCGUAUUCUACCGAGCAGCUGCCCCAAAGCGAAAGGCUGAGCGCAGGGAAGCUGGAGCCCAUUCCUCCCCAAGUUGUUAAAAAGUUGGAGGCACGGGAACGAGCCCUGAAGAAGCCUAAGGCUGGGGAGAGGGGUGAGGGAGGGAGCACGCAGCUUUCUCCACAGCCCCAGAGCAAGAGCCUGGGUGAUCAAAGUAGCUGCCCUGAGAGGGAUAGGAUGACACAGGCAGAUUCGCACAGGAAGCCAGUGGACAGCUCAUCACAAGAAAGCACAGGAAAAAUCUCUGUUACCAUGGAGACAGCACCAGUUCACCAGUUACCAGGGCAACCAUUGCCAACAGCCACAAGAAAAAGCCUCUCAAGGGAAACCCAACAAAGCUCACCAGCAACUGACAAAGACACACUUGUUGCCACGUCCUCCAAAUCCUCAUCCUCAUCCAGAAGGUUGGAGACGACUUCAAAGGCAGGCACCUCGAUGGAUGACGCAGCAGACCCCAGAUCAGCCAGCCCAAACGGGAGGAGAUCCCCAGUCAAUGUGAGGGAAAAAGGGGCCCCGUUUCCACCCAAGCCCCCUCGCCUCACCCCGUCGCCCACGCCUUCCAUCAGCCCUCUGCUGAAGAGGAGGAAGGCAGACGUGGGGCGAACAUCUCCAGCCAUGAGGGUGAACAUCCCCACCAUCCUGGUAGAGGAUGAGCCCGUGCAGGCAGAAUGUGUGGCAAACAGACACCGUGAGGAAGACAGGACAAGGAGGAAGGAGGGCAGAGUUCACAAGAGCAAGAAAGAACGAUCUGCCCAACCUAGGUCUCCAGAGGACGGGGGCUCUUCUGACGACCCGUUCUUGUCUGCUGACGAGGAGCCAGGAGAGGCCCCCAGAUUCACGAGGCCUCUUGAGGACUUCACAGCAGCCAGCAACACAGAGGUCACACUGAAAUGCGUCAUCACUGGAAACCCGCCUCCUACAGUGACAUGGAGAAAGAAUCAUGUGGAGAUUCAGAGUGAUGCGUUCCACGCGGUGAAGGCCGAGGGAGAGACGCACAGUCUGGUGAUAAAGCAGAUGAGGCCGAGCAACGCGGGGCUGUACAGCGUCACAGCUGUCGGCGCGACGGGCCGAGCAUCCUGCAGCGCCACGCUCUCCAUCCAGUCAGAACCGACCCACACACAAUGUGGGAAACCGACUGUCUCGUUGGAAGUUAGUAGUCCUGCCCAGUCCGAUGAGGAGUAUCUGAGCCCACAAGAGGAUGCCAUGGAGGUCGGGGACUUGCCUGCUCUCGGUAAAAGUGUCCACUUCAAAGAGCCUCCCUCGUUUCAGGUGGCGCCGUCUGACCAGGUGGUAACUGAAGGUCAAGAUGUUAUCAUCACAGUGAAGAUUGGAGGACAGCCCAGACCCAUGGUUUACUGGCUGAAGGACAGAGUCAUGGUGAAGAUGGGAGGGCGCUUCAGUGUGCGGCAGACGGGAGACGGCGGCAGUGAAAUGAGGAUCGGCUCAGCUCGGCGGUCGGACACGGGCAUUUAUUCCUGCAAGAUCGUCAACGAGUAUGGAACCAAGCAGGCGGAGUGCAGAGUGGACGUCCAAGCUCACACAGCGCUGAAGAUCACAAGGGAAGUAAAAGACGUGGCAGUGAGGGCUGGAGAGUCAGCUAUGUUUGAAUGUCACCUCACAGGACCUCUGGAUGUCGAUGUGGACUGGCUGUCCAACGGGAAGCUCGUCCAGCCGGCACUGCUCAACUGCAAGAUGCACUUUGAUGGCAAGAGGUGUCGUCUGCUGCUGAAUUCGGUGCAUGAAGAUGACAGCGGGACAUACACUUGCAAACUGAGCACUGCUAAAGAGGAGUUGACCUCAAGCGCAAACUUGAGGGUUACUCCGUCCAAGGAGCCUUUGUUCACCCGUAAACUGGACAUUCUGGAGGUCACUGAAGGUCGUGCCGCCCGGUUUGACUGUAAGGUGAGCGGUUCACCUGCCCCAAGAGUUACAUGGAUGCAUUUUGAGGCAAGAGUGGAAGAGAGCGAUAACAUUCGUUUGCUUCAAGAGGGAGGGCGUCACUCGCUCAUCAUCGCUCAUGUUAGCAGUGAGACAGAAGGGUUCUAUACAGCGGUCGCUCAGAACAUUUAUGGAAAGUCUGAAUGCACCGCUGAGCUCUACAUGCAGGAGCCCCGAGCUGCCAUCUCGGCUCACAUGGUGAAGUUGGAAAAGAUGCCGUCGAUUCCUGAGGAGCCUGAGGUGCUCGAGUGCGAGGUGGAGAAGAGGACUAUGCCAGACUUUGUCAAACCUCUGGCCGACGUGGAAGUGGUCGAAGGAAAAGAAGCAGUGCUCAAAUGCAAAGUGUCAGGCCUUCCCUACCCAACCAUCGCCUGGUACCACAACGGGAAGCGCAUGGAAAGCAGCGAAGAACGCAAGAUGACCCAGUACAGGGAUGUGCACAGUCUGCUGGUUCGCAGCGCCUGUCAUGCUCAUGGGGGCGUCUACAAGGCCGUCAUAUCCAACAAAGUGGGCAAAGCUGCUUGUUACGCACAUCUAUACGUAACAGAUAUUGUUCCUGACCCCCCUGAUGGUCCUCCACUGAUUGAGGCUAUUACGGGGAAAACCAUAAGCCUCAGCUGGAAGAGACCAAAGAGGCUUGAUCCUUCACUUGACGCCAGCUCCCUGCUGUACAUGGUUCAGCAGCAGCCUCUUGGCUCAAUCCAGUGGUCUGUGGUGGCAUCUAACCUGAGGGAGACCAACUACACAGUCGCCUCCCUGUCCAAGGGGGUCCGCUAUGCUUUCAGGGUGUUAACGUCCACAGGCAAGAUGCUGAGCAAACCCUCACCCUCCACUGAUCUGGUUCAGCUGCUGGACAGAGGACCUUAUUUGAGGAAGGCACCAGUUAUUCUGGACAAACCAGACAUUGUUUAUGUGGUGGAGAACCAGCCGGCGAGCAUUACCAUAACCCUGAAUCACGUCCAUGCAGUUAUCACCUGGAAAAGGAGGGGGGUGGUGCUGGUCAACAAACCGGGGAUGCAUGAAAUGAGCAUGCCGGACGAUGAUCAGCACACCCUGAAGCUCCAGCGGGUCAGGAGCACCGACCUCGGGCAGUUGGUGGUCACUGCCAGCAACCAGUUUGGCAGCGACCUCUGCACACUUCAGCUGGUCAUGGCAGUGGCUCCUAAGUUUGAAACCAUCAUGGAGGACGUGGACGUGUACACUGGGGAGACGAGUCGUCUGGCUGUUGUGGUUGAAGGGAAACCUGACCCAGAUAUUCUGUGGUACAAGGAUGACAUGCUCCUCUCUGAAAGCAGCCACUUCACAUUUGUGUACGACGACCCAGAAUAUUCCCUUGUAGUCCUCAACACCAGCCCUGAGCUCUCCGGUGUUUACACCUGCACCGCUAAGAAUCUGGCUGGCUCCAACUCCUGCAAGGCUGAGCUCACAGUUCGCACAGAGCAAAAAGAAGUGGCAGAGCCAAUGGUGGAUGAAGGAACCAUUCUGAGGAAGAUGAGGCGUUUGACGGAUUACUAUGAUAUCCACAAAGAGAUAGGGAGGGGCGCCUUCUCCUAUGUGAAGAGAGUGACUCGGAAGAAGGGAAAGGCAGAGUUUGCGGCCAAGUUCAUUUCUGCUCGCGGAAAGAGGAAAGCCUUGGCCCUCAGAGAGAUGGACCUGCUUUCGGAGCUCGACAACCAGAGGAUUCUCUAUUUCCAUGAUGCGUUUGAGAAGAAGAAUGUGCUGGUGCUCAUCACAGAGUUAUGUCACGAGGAGCUGCUGGAAAGAAUAGCCAAAAAAACAGCAGUCAUGGAACUGGAGAUUCGCUGUAGUGUUCAGCAGAUUCUGGAGGGUCUUCGGUACCUUCACCAGAAGAGCAUUGCCCACCUUGAUAUAAAGCCGGAGAAUAUUCUAAUGGCAAGUCCUGGGAGUGACCAGAUCCGCAUUUGUGACUUUGGCAACGCAUUAAAAUUCGAGCCUUCAGAGGAGUACUACUGCAAAUAUGGGACGCCAGAAUUUGUUGCGCCAGAGAUCGUUAACCAAACUCCUGUCUCCACGGCAACAGACAUAUGGCCAAUCGGUGUCAUCACUUAUCUGUGUCUGACUGGUGUUUCCCCUUUCGCUGGUGAGAACGAUAGAGACACGGCCUUAAACAUCCGUAACUACAACGUGGCAUUUGAGGAGAGCAUGUUCUCUGACCUCUGUAAAGAAGCCAGGGGAUUCGUCAUCAAGCUUUUGGUAGUGGACAGACUGAGGCCCAGUGCAGUCGAGUGCCUUCGUCAUCCCUGGUUCAAGUCACCAAUGAACAAGAGCAUCAGCACAGCUAUGCUAAAACAAGUUCUGUCUAGAAGACGGUGGCAGCGUUCCCUUAUCAGCUACAAAUCCAAGAUGGUGAUGAGGUCCAUUCCAGAACUACUGAAUGACUCAUCCAGCCACGUCUCUAUCGCUGUGGCUCGGCAUUUAAAAGAAGGAUCUCCACCACCUUCCUCUUCCUCUGACUCCGAUGCAGAUGUAGAUGAGCUUCCCUUCAUACCCAUGCCAUUGUCCAUGGUCUUUUCUGGGUCCAGGGUCUCCCUUAAUGAGAUCCCAGGGGAUGAAGACGGUGCUAGAUGGCCCAGUGUUUCUACUGAUGUGACAGGAAAAGGGGACAAUAUAGAGGUAGCAACAGGGGUAGGUAGUAAAAACGCAAUAAAUGAAGCGGAAACCCCAAAUGAAGACAAGAUUGAAAAGACAAAAAGAAUUCCACUUAAAAAAGGAUCAAGCGUGGAGUUGGAUGAAUCUGAGACGAGAGCCAAGCGGGCUACCAUGAGAAGAGGCAGUUCUGCUGAUUCAGCCCUGCUUCUCCACAUUGACCCAGAAGACGGAAAUGCUGAUAAAGACUCAGAAGCAAGUAACAAGAGUCUAAAAAAAGCUCUUUCUAUGGAACUACCGAAUCGCAGCCCAAGCCCUGGGGCAGCAAAGUUAAGCCAGGAGGAUUAUGCCCUAAAACUGGAACUUAUGAGACAGCGUCUAGUGAGAGGAGGAAGCAUGGACAAAAAGAUGAGCGGCCUACGAGGGCCCUUGUUUGAAACACUUGGCAUGGAUGAAGAGAGGCAAACGGGGUCUCUAGAUCGCAAUUUGAGGAGAUCCAGACUGGGGCCAUCAUCGCUAGCCAGAGCAGCUUCUUCUGAUAGUCCUGGAGAAGACACGCCAAAGACCAAAGUGUUUCGCAAAAGCUCCUCCUUCACUCAGGGCGACUCUGAACCAAUGCCGCUGCACCGACGGUUUGGAGCUCCCUUAGAGAUCCCAGCUGUUUGCAAUGACAGCGCAGAUGUAAACGAGCUCCAGGAGGCAACCUCAAUGUCUGCUCUGAUAGGACAAACGGUGGAGUCCACAUCUGCCUCUGAUGCAGCAAUGUCUCUGAAAAUAUCAACAACGGGAGAGAACCGUGUGAAAGAGCAUGAAGAUAUGGAUGGGACAGUGGAAAAAAGCAUCACAUCACAUGAAGUAGGAUCUGAAGCCAGAUCACAAUGUGUAAUUACUCCCAGAAUAGUGAUCGAGGCGGAUGGUGAAGAGCAAGAGAAGGAAGAAAAUCAGGACUUACAUAUUCAGGAAAAGGACCCAAAAGCAGAUCAGGAAACGCCAAGAAGUAGCCAUGAAGAAAUAAUCACAAAUCCUCCUCCAUCAUCUGAACAUCCAGCAGUAUUUUCCAGAAUAGCAGCUGCAGAAAAGUCUGCUGGUUCUGUUUCCACAUCAUCAAAUCCUGAUUUGCCUGCCACCCCACGCCAGCCUGUGCUAAGAACAGACAUUAAAGACAUUGACUCAGAGGCAGUGUUUGAAGCCAGGUUUAAGAAACGGGAGUCGUCUCUGACCCGAGGUCUCCGAAAACUGACCAGAAACAAAUCUGAGGAGAGAUCGCCCGUCCUAAACCGAAAAAAUGUUGAGGGGGGCGAAGAGGUUUACAGGCCAGGGCCAAGGGGGGCGCCUCUGGAAAUGGUAUCCAGAGGACUGCAGGAGAAAUCCAAAUCGGUUCAAGAUUUAAGGGAAGGUGAUAAGGAAACGGGCCUUGGUUUAAUUGGGAGGUUGUCGUUGCGGGGAAAGAGAUCAACAAUGAUUGACAAAAAGGGUGAGAAACCGAAAGAGGAAAAGCAUCAGGAUGACACUGCUGUCAGCAAGAGGGUGUCAUGGGGUAUUGGUCGCAGCAAGUCCCUGGAUACAGGUACACCGAAGCAGCUGGAUGAGAAGGAUCAAAAUAAAGCUGAGGAGUCAUCGGUUUCUGCCAUGAGGCGCAGGUUUGAGUCCAAAGUAGCAGGAAUAUCUGCCAAAAUAAGGACCCAGUCUGAGGAGAGGAAGGAAAAGGAUGCUCACGGAAGUCAAAAGGAUUUGAAGAAGGUUACAGAUUCCCCUAUAAUGGCAAUGCGACAGAGGUUUGAGAACAAAGUGGCAGGAAUAUCCACGAAAAUUCGCAGUCAGUCCGAGGAGAGGAAAGGAGACGCAGAGGCAGCGAGAACGCCCCUGUUCACCCGCCACCGACAUUCCCAGUCUGAGGGGCGCGGACUCAAAGGACUGGGCAUUCCUGAGAAUCAGUUAGCAAAGCAGACCGCUAGCGGUGCGUCCAAGGAGUCCGUUGAGUCCACUUCUAGUAUCCAUUCCGAAAAAGAGAGUGACAGACGAUCGCGGUGGGACAGGUGGGGUCUGACAAAGGGACGAAGAGACAAAACACCCUCCCAGUCAGACCUGCCCUCAACUGUGAGCAAACCGGGCGGUUUAUCAACGACUCGGCAGCUCAUCCGAUCCGCUUCGGAUUUCCCCCCAGUGUUUCACAUCAAGCUGAAAGACCAUGUUUUAUUAGAGGGGGAGCCUGUCAGUCUUUGCUGCCUUCCAGCUGGAAGUCCACAUCCAGAAAUUACAUGGAUGAAAGAUCGGAAAGCGCUGCAGGUAGAUGACAGAGUCAGCCUGAUCUCCCACCCAGAUGGAAGGCAGCUUCUCACCAUCCCGAAGUCCACUCGGAGGGAUGCUGGGAUUUAUGAAUGUGUAGCUACCAACCCCAUAGCUACCACCAUCACCUCCUGUACACUGUCUAUAGCCUGUGUCCCAAAACGACCAGGGACCCCUGAAGUCCCCCAGACCUACAGCAACACGGCUCUGGUGCUCUGGAAGCCAGCGGAUACCAAUUCCUCUUGCACCUACACACUGGAAAGAAAAACAGAGGGAGAAUCUUCAUGGAUGACUGUAGCAAAAGGAAUUGUCGACUGUUAUUAUAACGUCACAGACCUGCCACAAGGAACCACCUUUAAGUUCCGCGUCUCCUGCAGCAAUAAGGCCGGGCAGGGACCACACAGCAACUCCUCAGCACCGGUCAGCCUGGACUCAACAGCUACAGGAGCACCACCCACCGUAGCUGUGGUAAACACAGUCCCGUGUCCACCUGAACCAGUCAUUACCACCUCGGUGACUGUGCCUCCACUUAAAUCAGCUGAGGACAAUGCUCCCAGGAUAACUGCCCCCAAUACCUCCAGCUCUUCAAAGCAUAUGACUUCCCCCGCUGCUUUACCAUUACAAGUUACAUCCAAAAAGUUGGUCCCAGCCGCCUCUCCACCUUCUCUACCCUCCGGCCCUUCAACAAUGUCUCCAUCUUCUAACUUAACUGCAGAGGAAAGUCAAAAAGCCAUUCUUACUACUUCACCCACAGUUAAAGCACCCUUUAUCCUGCCCAAACCCCAAAGCCCAGUAAAUGUGGUGACACCUAUGACCCAAACCCCACCCACAUCAACCCCACUUUCUCUUGUACGUCCACCAUCAACACCAACCAAACCAGUGGUUGCCUCUGUGCCCACAUAUAUCCCCACUACGACAGUCACUGCUCGUGUUGCGCCAACCCCCGUUUCUUUCACCCCGCAAGUGCUCCACACAUCUGGCCUGAGCCCUAUUGGUGAAGGAGCCAGUACUCCUACCAGAGGUACUCCAUCAGGACGUACUACACCCUCCACUGCCCUAAAACAGGGAGUUCCACAGAAACCCUACACCUUCUUAGACGAGAAAGCCAGGGGUCGAUUUGGAGUGAUCCGAGAGUGUCGCGAGAACGCUACAGGCAAAAUCUACAUGGCAAAGAUCAUUCCCUACAGCCAAGAGAACAAGCAGGAAGUCCUGAAGGAGUAUGAGAUCCUGAAAUCACUUCACAAUGAAAAGGUCAUGGCAUUGCACGAGGCCUACGUUACUCCACGCUACCUGGUGCUGGUCGCAGAGUACUGCACGGGCAAAGAGCUACUUUACAGCCUCAUAGACAGGUUCCGCUACUCUGAGGAUGAUGUGGUGAUUUACCUGGUCCAGAUCCUCCAGGCAGUGGAGUACCUCCACAACCGCCGCAUCCUCCACCUGGACCUCAAACCUGACAACAUCAUGGUGACCAAUCUUAACGCCAUCAAGGUUGUAGACUUCGGAAGUGCUCAGAACUUCAACCCACUCAGCCUUAAACAACAGGACUCAAGAACAGGAGCACUUGAGUAUAUGGCUCCUGAGAUGGUGAAAGGUGAGGUGGUCGGUCCCCCUGCAGACAUUUGGACUGUUGGAGUUGUUACCUACAUCAUGCUAAGUGGUCGACUACCCUUUGAAGAUAAAGACCCUCUACAAGUUGAAUCCAAAAUUCUGAUAGCAAGGCUUGAUCCCACUAAAUUAUACUCAAAUGUGUCUCAAAGUGCCUCUGCCUUUCUAAAGAAGAUGUUGAGCAGUUACCCUUGGGCUCGUCCAACUACGCGAGACUGCUUCACGCAUGCGUGGCUGCAGGACUCCUACCUGAUGAAGCUGAGGAGGCAGACUCUCACCUUCACCUCGAGUCGACUCAAAGAGUUCCUGGUGGAGCAACAAUCCCGUCGCACAGACGGUGCCACCAAGCACAAGGUGCUGCUGCGCACCUACCAGAGCUCAACCCAGUCUUCGGCGUCUGGAACGACACCGCCCGUUUGAGCUGAUGGGGUAAAUGCAGCGCCAGACACGAGUGUGCAGAUGAUGCACAAGGUGAAAUAUGUGACACAGUGCUGCAUCAAAAAGUCAGCCUGCUCAGUGAAGCCCAGGUAGACACACAGGAUGGGCAGAGAGCUGGGUAUACAUCCAAUAUUUAAUAAAAAGACACAAGUCUCCCACAAGUUAUCCUGGGCGACUUUAACAUAAAAUUCUAAUGGAAUUCUGAGAUGAAAGUGAAACACACAAAGGAAGUGGCCUUGCCGUAUAAAGAACUGCUCUCGCACCGUUCCAAAGAAAGGACGCAGGAUGUUCUUUGGUUAUCUUUCCUGGAUUUCAUGGAUUGCACAAUUUCUCAGUUGUAUUGUGAAAUUUCAAAAUGCACAUUGUUUGAUUUCGAUGAAUAUUGUUCUCCACUCUGCACGAUUGGCCUGGAACAUGUACGUAUAUCGUUGACAUUUUUACAGCGCAAUCUUAUUUAUGUCCCUGAAUUUACUAGUUAUGUAGUCAUGUGGACGUACCACGAUUUAAGCUGCUAAUUUAUUAGUUUUUUGUUUUGCAUUUUCUUACACAGUUUUGAAAACGCAAAACUAAAAAAUAUUAAUUUCUUAAAAUUGUUUACUUUUUCCAUCUUAAUUUAUUUGCAUGUGUGUCGGUGUGCGCGCGUGCGAGCGAGCAUCUUUGAUUGAUUUUUUUAAAUUACCAUAGAGGCUUAAACUAUAUUAAAAAUGAGGAGUGUAUUUGUGAUUGAUGUAAAGACUUUCCACAGUAACACUGGACUGUUUUAGGAUGAGCUAGGAAUUUGUGGUACAGUACAAUUUCUUGUUCUGUGAUUAAAACUGAACUCUAACUGUAAUGCAGGUAUAAACAGCAGUCUGUAAUGUAGAUAUUUUUUCUUAGAGAAGUCCUAUACACUGGUAAAAUGCUGUGGUUUCUCAGUAUUUCUAUUGGUUCCCAUCAGGGUGCUUAAUCCAUGAUCAGCCUGUCAGUGCCUAAAUCGAAUUAAUGUUCAAAAUGCAUAUCUUGUAAAUGUAUCUCCAUUUUGAUUAAUUCAAAUAUUUAAUAGCCAAAAAAAUUUAAGACAAUAUUUGGACUUUACAGAAGAGACAGAAACAAAUACUGUAGAUUGUUAUGUACAUGUACAGUGCACAUUUACUGUAUACAAACAUACAUACGGUACACGCAGUCCUUGUGAUAAUAGAACGUCUUGCGUAUUGCUCUGUGUUACUUUUUUGUAUGAAUUUGGAAGGUUGAUGGUUUGUAAAUGUACUAAUUUGCAGUGUUUAUAUGUGGGGAAAAUGUUUUUAUGAGAUAGUAUGUAAUAAACUAUUGAUACAGUUGUGA